AUGACCGAGACGGCAAAGAUCAAGAAGGGCAACACGUCAGCCAAACGCAACAGCGAAGUUCGCCGUGAGCAAAAUCGCCUCGCUAGCCGGAACUACCGAGAGAAACGGAAACAGAAACUAGCGCUUCUGAAUGAGCUGCUUGAGCCAAGCAAUAUUGAUACUAAUGUUAUUGAUAACGCUCAAAUUAAUCCCGUUCAGGGAUUGGACGGCCCGAGUGACUUACAUGCUACCCAGCCGCAAAACCAAGCAUUCCCAGAGCCACUUCAACCUGAGUUGACAUCUGUUAGCCAAGGUAUUAGUAGUUUUGGCGCUACUGUACCACCUAAUGUACCACUCAUGAUGGGAUACUUAUCUCAAGAAAACAUACCGACCAGCCUCUUUCACCAAGGUAACCCUGAUGCCCUGCCAUUGACCAACUGGGACGGUGUCUUCAGCCAUACAAACCAAGACCUAUGGGGCUAUAACAUGUUCGGUUUACCAUUUCAAUUUCCAGACAUAUCGAAAACGACCCAAGUAGACCCAAGGUUAGUAGAAGAGGUAUUCGAAGAAAUUCCAGAAUCAGAACUCAGCACCUCCCAAACAUCAUCUAGCAACGAUAGCAAAGAUGAGGCUCUCAACAAUGUUCUAAGUGGUGUAGAAAAACUCACAAUAGAGCAAAAGCGCACUCUACUUCGACGUCUACAACAAGACACUCGGAGUCAAGCCACAGAAACGCAUAUCCCUUGGCAUCAGACAAGACCUCCAACUCCAGGUCAGCUGCGAGCCGUUGAAUUCGCAAAAGCGCUGUACAAAACAGCACAUGCUAGACCAGAGCUUCUUCCCACGCAGUAUACGAUGGAUGCAGGUAUCUUUGGGGCAAUGUUUGCCAACUGUUAUGCUCUUGGCAUGGCGGGUGUGGAUGACAUACUCUGUGAAGAGGGAUGCAGUGUGUUCUCUGUCACGCAGGACGAAGGACAUCAUAUGUCACAAUUGCCGGCUGUGAAGUCCAAGUUUCGAGCCCUUUCUCCCGAUCUUAGACCGACUGAUAAACAACUGAUUGUCGGGCACCACCCUUAUGUUGAUGUUAUUCCUUUCAAGACUUUCCGAGAGAAUCUCAUCAAGGCUCUAGAAGACGAUCCUCCUAUCAUUGAUGAAGACGUUCUAUGUCACGAUAUACUCGGUGGUGGUUUCACAUGCUGGGGUGCUGGACGAAACCCCCAUGGCAUGGGCGCUGGUGUACCAUGGGAUUCUCGGAGCUGGGAACCCAGCGUAUGGUUCUUAAUAAAGUAUCGACAGCUGGCUGGGGACUGGGACGGAGAACUGUGGAAAAGUGCUAGAUGGUGGCAUAGUGCCCGUGGAGAGAGAUUACAAACGGCACAUGUUGCGAAUAAUAUGAGCCCAUCUGGAGGAACAGCGAGACGGUAG